AUGCAAGCUCGGCCAAGUAGAGAGUAUGUAGAGGUGGCGACAGUGGCCGUGGCAGUGGAGGGGCUAAAUUCACUUGCGGAAUUGAGACUUUCGACGCAGCUUAGUAAGCAAAACAAAGCUGAUAAAAGGCAAGUGAUAUUGAAAUCUUGGACUUCCUGCAGGCUCAGCGGAAAUGCAGUGGCAGGAGCAGCAAGUGUGGAGGCUUCACAACCCUCCACAACAGAUGUGAACAGCCAGCCACCAGAGAUAUCCGCUUCAUAUCAGAGGAAACCAUGGAUCGAGACGACAUUCUGGUGCCUCUUCGGAAUAACCAGCAUUUUACUCUUACGGCAGGGCAAGAGGGUGAAGGUGCCCUUAUAUCAGGUGUCGGAGCUGGAGUACUUCAUUUUAUCUGAGGAUCCUGGUGGGGAUGAAGUAGGGGUGGUGAGGGUCUGCCACCACCCUCUAUGCCUGGAGCCACCACUCCCCACCACCCAAUGCAAGACGCCUCCUCUACCCACCUUCACCACCACCAGGCCACAGCCCUCCACCUCCGCCUUUCCCUCACAGCCCUCAACCUCCGGCUCACCGCACUCUCCUCCACCUCUGCCUUUCCCUCACAGCCCUCCACCUCCGGCUUCACCGCACUCCCCUCCACCUCUGCCUUUCCCUCACAGCCCUCCACCUCCGGCUUCACCACACUCCCCUUCACCUCCGCCUUUCCCUCACAGCCCUCCACCUCUGCCAUCACAGCACCACCACCCAAGAGAUUCAGGGAGAAAUCUCCCGAAUUGUAAUAAAAAAAAAAAAAACGUAAUAGAAUAUAAAAAGUAAAUUUUUAUUGUUUUUCUUUUUAGCAUAGCAAUGGGAAGUGUAUUGUAACAUACAAAUAUUUUUACACAUCCUGAUAUAUAGUAUGUGAUGAAUAUAUUGAGUUUAUGGCUAAAACAUUGAUCAUUCAAUACUAAAGCUUCAAAUCUUGGCGCGCGUGGGCCGCCUGGAUGGAGCGCGGUGCAUGUUUUCUAGCUUCCGGGGCGAAUGGGUUAAGUUUGAACGGUGUUUCAGAAACCUUCUUUGCUGGUCGGGAUUUAAAUGCCAGACGUGCUGUGUUUUGGGCUCUACAGGCAGAAUGGUAUUGUAGGCCGCACGCUUACUGGGAGAUGACUCGCCCGACACCCACUCACUUGCAGGAAAGGCGGAUAAAUCAUACACGUUUGUUUAAUAUUCAGGGCAUGCAUGCUUACUGGGGGAUGACUCACUCACUCACUCACUCACUCACUCGCAGGAAAGGCGGAUAAAUUAUUCACGAUUGUUUAAUAUUCAGGGCAUGUCGCACGCUUACUGGGGGAUGACUCACUCGCUCACUCACUCACUCACUCACUCACUGCAGGAAAGGCCAAUAAAUUAUGCACAUUUUUAAUUAAUAUUUAGGGCAUGGCGGGUAAAUGUACAGUGAUGUCAGAGUUAAGUGGCCAUAUGGGUGUUACAGGAUGGAGGGGUGAAAGAAAUAGGAAACUCGAGACUUUUGCUCCCCGGCUCUGAUUUUUCGACGGGUUGCAGUGAUAAUUUGUCAAGGAUUUUUUAUUCUUGUGUUUUCUGAUCAAUUUCCAGGUGUGUUUAUUUGUCUUGUGGAUGUAUGAUAUUUUUUCGUACAUUGUGAUUGUUGUAGUAGUUCUUUAUUAUUAUUAUUAUUGUUAUUUUUUGUGUUUUAAAGUUAUGGAUGAUGUUCUAGUGGUUGAAGUUAGCCAUUUACUUUAUCCGGUUGUCUAUAAAGUGACAAUAAACAUAAUUAAUCA